AUGCUGAGCGGACUGCGCGCCAGUUCGGUUCUCCAGGGCGGGUACCAGCACCCUCUGUCUCGUUCGUGGCAGGCUCAGCGCACGCUGACCAAAAACAUGUUCAUGUACCCCAUCUUCAUCACCGACGAGCCGGAUGCGCGCGUUGAAAUCGCGAGCUUGCCUGGCCAAUGCAGAUGGGGCGUCAAUAAACUCGAAGAGUUCCUCGGGCCUCUCGUGCAGAAGGGCCUGCGCAGCGUCAUCCUCUUCGGCGUUCCGAUCCACUGCAACAAGGACGAGCGCGGCAGCCCCGCCGACGAUCCGAACGGCCCCGUCAUCUCCGCGAUCCGCAAAAUCCGCUCGCUCUGGCCCGAGCUGUACGUCGCGUGCGACGUGUGCCUCUGCGAGUACACCUCGCACGGCCACUGCGGGCUCUUCCGGCCCGAUGGCACCCUCGACCAGCCGCCGUCCGCGGCGCGCAUCGCGGAGGUCGCGCUGGCGUACGCGCGCGCGGGCGCGCACUGCGUCGCGCCGAGCGACAUGAUGGACGGCCGCAUCAAGGCCAUCAAGCGUGCGCUCAUCGACCACGGCUACGGCAACAAGGUCACGCUCAUGGCGUACUCGGCGAAGUUCGCGAGCUCGCUCUACGGCCCGUUCCGCGACGCCGCCGGGAGCGCGCCCGCGUUCGGGGACAGGAAGUGCUAUCAGCUGCCGCCUACUGCGAAGGGCCUCGCGCGUCGCGCGAUCAAACGUGAUGUGAACGAGGGCGCGGACAUCAUCAUGGUGAAGCCCGCGUUGCCCUACUUGGAUAUCAUCCAGGACGCAAAGGAGCUCGCUUCCGACCACCCUCUCGCUUGCUACCAAGUAAGCGGCGAGUUUGCUAUGAUCGUCGCUGGAGCUCGUGCUGGCGUAUACGACCUGAAGACGAUGGCGUUCGAGACCGCGGAGAGCUUCGUCAGGGCAGGUUGCACUCUCAUCCUCACGUACUUCACGCCCGAUUUCCUCGAGUGGUUGGACAACUAG